AUGAUGACACUAUCAUCAUCCCUUCCUCUUCUUCUCCUCAUCCUGUGUCCAUUAAUCUCCGGCGAAUUCCGUCAAUCGGUGUUUGAGACGUCGAAUCGGUCGGAGGGAGACAAGAUUAUUUUGACGGCACACGGAAUGGGAAUGGACGAUGUGAAUCGCGUGGUUAUUCCAGUAACCAACGGCCGUAUCCCUCCACUUCCAUGUGUCACCUCUAAUGCUGGAACCCAUCCACAUGGUUCCACUUUCACCAAGAACAACUUCCAUUACACAUGCAACAAUGGAACCGCUGAAGUAGUUGCAUGUCUCGCCGAUGACGGAUCAGUCAUCCAAUUGGGACGAACCUUUGUGAGAAGUGGAAUGAAACAUUUCUGUAGUAUUCAAGGAGACAAUGUGACAUAUAAACAAGAGAGUAUGUGUUAUGAGAACGGAAUGCAUUACAAUGUUGGGGAUUCCUUCCGAAAUGGAUCAUUCAAGUUGACAUGUAGAGAGCAGGGAAUUUAUGUUGAAGGUUGCUACAUGCAAAACAGUUUCAACGACCUCCUCAUGGCUGGAGAGUCUAGAAUUGAGGGUGGAAAGCGCCACGAGUGUGAGAUUAUUGGUCCAGGAAAAGUCAGAUAUGUUGUGAAGAUGCUCGGGUGCAACCACGAGGGACAACAGUACAGUACCGGUCAAAUGUGGACACAUCAACAUGUCAGAUAUCAGUGCAAGAAUGAUGGAACUCUUUUGGUUUUGGGAUGCAUCGACGAGGGACUCUUCAUCGAAUUGGGACGUGACCUUCUGAUGAAUGGAAUGGCUCACAGAUGUUAUCAAGUCAACACUACCGUAUUCUAUCACAAAUUCGCUUGCGAAAGAUCUUCUCUGUCUGAGUGCGUCUCCCAGUCAAUGCAACGACGAUUCAGAAGACACGAGGAGAGAAAAAUGAGAGCCUAA